UUAUUCCAAGAAUGUUCUUGUGAUUAGUGCUACCAACUUACCCGAAAGUGUAACCAGUAACAAUGCAGUUAUAGCACUAAAAAUAGUAGUGACUGAUCAAAGUACUCAGGAUGAAGCUAGUGCUGUCCUAAAUGUGAAUACUGGUGUCAGCAAUAAUUCAAACGAUGAUAGUAGUCCAACUGGCAUGAACAAAGGUUUACUGGUAACUGUGAUUAUAUUGGCCUGUCUUUUAGUUAGUUUAAUAGUCACUGCAGGAGUAUACUGGUACUUUAAAAACAGAAAAAAUUACGCCAAUUUGGAAGAAGAUGUCGAAAAGAUAGAACCAAAGCAGACCAAGUUUACUAAGAAGAAUGACAUCAAGAAAAAAUCUGAUUCAAUUUCUAGUGAACCCUUACGAAGACCUACAGGUAUCCACAUUAUACCUCCCACUCCUCCCAUAGAAGAAUUGGACGAGGUUCAAGUAGAUGGCGCACCCAAAUCAGGCUCAGACAAAGUUGUAGCUUUCAGUGAUGACGUUGAGAAAAUCGAAGACAACACUAGUGACGAUUUUACCGACAAUUAUGUUAAUGUUGCUGAAAGGAGACCUACAAAGUUCGUUUUUGCCAAAAAUGGCGCAGCAGAGACAAACGAGGAUGACGACACUGACUCUGACAAUUAUAUCAGUGUAGCUGAUAGAAGACCUACAAAGUUCGUCUUUGCAAAUCCUUUGGAGGAAGGAGUUUUUGAUUCAACGGACUCAUCUGCUAAGUCACCAGUACCAAAUCCUGAUGAAGAACGAAAAAAAUCUGUUGCUUUUGACGAUAAUGUUGAAAGAGUUCACAUUGACCCUAUCCAAGAUGAGAGCGACAGUGAUGAAGAUAGUGAUACUGCGGAAAUGAGAAAGCAGAAGAGAGAAACCUGA